CACAUAUUUAAGUGUAAAGCAGCAAUUUCCUGUUACACAGCCCAUUUCAUGAGAGUACCGCCUACCUUUCUUUCUCUACACCUUUGGCUAAAAAUUCCCACUUUCUUGCAUCCGUUCGUAUCCAUACUCGCGAGCUACAAUGUCUCCUCUCCCCAUCAUAGUGUGCGGGAAGAACCCCGAAAUCGCAAAAUUGGUCCGCAAAAAUCUACUCCCGGAAUACGAAGUCAUCCACAUCUGCCUCGACGCCUCCUCAGGCGCCGCCGAAAUUCCCCUCGUACUGUCAGGCAAAACGCCUCCCAAUGGCUCCACCAACCUGGGCAGCCAAAACUACUCCUCCGUGCCUGUCGCCAUAGCCACCGGCGGCGGCUUCGACGACGAGCAAUUCAAGUCCAUGCAGGACGCGUGCAAGGGCGUUGAAGGGAUCCAGGAAGUGCCGUGGCUGAGGCCAGAUAAGAGUAUGCCGAGGCCGGGUCAGACGGCAGUCAAUCAGUCACCGCAGAUGGCGGAGGGUGAGGAUUUUGCGAGGGAGACGGCGCAGAGGGUUAAGGAGGCUUUGGGGAAGCUGAAGUUGGGGGAGGGUGGUCAGACGGGCGUGUUUUUGUUCUGAGUGCAGACGAAGGUGAUGAGCCGAGUGGGCUGUCUGUAACUGCUCUGGAGUAGUGGAAGCCUCAAGCGGUAUUGUUAUUAGGGCUGUGAAAGUCUUCAGGAUGGAAUUCAAUUCGUCGGAUCCAUCAACUGCUGACCAGCCAACUUCAACGCAGGCUUGAAGUUCGUCGUCACAUCGUCUCUGGCCAUC